AAAGAAUUCGCAUCGCUAUUAUUCGUUUCGCUAUCGUCGCACACACACACGCGCGCGCGAUCGGUCAUGGUAUCCAUCAUUCGCUCCCUUUUCCUUUCCACCCAUCAUCCAUCCAACCGUUAUUUAAAGCUUGGCCUCCUCCUUCAGCGUGCCCACCUUCAGCUUGGCUCCCCACUUCUCCAUGACGCCCUUGGAGUGAUACUUCCAGAACUGCUUCGUCGCGUCCUUGCCGGCCAUGCGUUUGAGGAUCUUGGCUCCGCCUGGGUGCUCGUUGACAAAGUCUAGAGAAGAAAUCGAUUAGCCAUACCAUCUUUCAUUAUGUACUGUCACCGCAAAGAAGAAACAUACUGGCAAUCUCGUAGACGCCGUCGUCAAUGAUAAUAUACAUGGACUUGUCGUCCUUGUGCUGGGCAACCUCGGCCUUGGUGAUUUGAGCAGACAUGUUGACGGUUUUGGCUUGGGAAGAUCUUUCGAGGAGAACUGAAGUGUACUGCAGAUGUCGUGAAGAUCGAGAGAGGAGAGUAGAGAGCGCGGUAUAUAGUUUAAAGAUGAAGAUGCUUGUUAAUCCCUUAAAGCCAAGUGGUUGUUGUCUUCUGGAGGAUCCCCACCGACGAUGGCUCGGCUGGGAGGUCCCCAAGAUCAACCUCGGCUCGGCUUAGCGAUGGCAGAUGUGCGCGUGCACUGCCAAGAACUUGGGGAAGAGUCGAGAAUUGUGGGGAAUGAACCUCCCCCGCAGACGUCAUAACCGAUCCCCGGAUUUGGUGAGCCGAUCUGGCCAGGAACAGGAAUUUUGUGUACUAGUGUUGGACAUAGAGAUGGGAUGUAGCCACUGGUGGUGUGCAUGAUUAUGUGUACUCCUCCUAGGGAUUUGUCUUUUCAUAACCAAGCCAAACGUCGAUUUAAGCCUUCUUUUUACCAAAGUGGAAGCUUUCACGCCCCGAUGUAACAACAAUCACCCCUAUACAUGAUGUGCCGCCUGACUCGAGUAUGUCUUCAAAGGCACUUUUCUACAACAAUUUGCUUGCCUCUCAGCCAACCCCCUCUUGCGUAUUCCCUUGCACCAAAUCGAGUUAGGGAACUUGGAGUCCAAAGUGAGGUAAUUCCUGUUGCAAGACACCUUGUUCACCUAUCCCUCAAGGUUAUACGCCUUCUUCGCUGUCCCGCUCCAGACCAUAGUCUGGUCUUCUUGACUGAGACCCGCCAUAUCACACAUCAUGUCGACAAUCUUGUGCCACUUCUUCCAAGCCUCCUCACCAACACCAACUGUGCAUACCGGCCAGUUGCUGCCAAACAUGAUUCUCUCUGGGCCAAAUGCAGCAAUAACAACGGCGAGCCAGGGCAGGAUCGCCGAGAAGAUUUGCUCAGCAGAUUGUGUCUUCAGUGAGUCUGACAUUUCUUCAAACAGCCCACUCAGCUUCAUGUAAGUGCGGCGGCACUUUCCAAGUGUGAACAUGGCGCUCCUCCUAUUUAUCUGGUCAGUCAUUUGGUCAUUCAUCUGAAUCAAAAAAAUGAGCAUACCAAGCAAUAAAUGACGGAUCAGUCUGACUGAUGAUUGUCAGGUCGGGCUUGCAAAGAUGAUCUGUCUCUCCGUUAGUAUUCUUCAAUGCCAGCCCCUUCCCCAUUCAAAACUCACUGAUAAUGAACACCACCUUCUUGUCUUCAUCUUCCACACCAUCAUGAGCCCGGUCAAUAAUCUCCACCAGCUCCUCCAACUGCACCCUCCCUCUCCUGUGCUGGUCGACGCCAGCAUCAAAUACCCAGCCCUUCUCCCCCAGCAACUUCAACCCAUCAAUGAACUCCUCUGUCAACCCUGUCUUGUUCGGCUUGUCCUGCAACAAAUACCGGAAACCUUUCACCUUUGCCCAAGCAGCCUCCCCAGCUUGUUCCUCCACAGUAGCAAUGUACUCCUUCAGCUUAGGCAAGCCAGAAGCAAUAGGAGCCCAAGGAAUGAUUCCCAGACAUAGCUUGGCAUUAUCAGCAGUAUGGCCUUCACCCUCCUGAGGCUUGCCCUCAAUGAUCCGACGCAUCCAAGCUAGCUCAUUCAAUGGUUCUGACCAGUCCUUGGAUUCGUCAUUUUUGCGGUCAGCCUCAAUGUAAAUGAAGCCAGAGAGCUGAGAGGCGGAUGAGCUGGUGGCUUCACGGUACUCUGCGAUGGAGUGGCGGGUUGCGAGGGGCGAGUCUGAGGCGUACCAGUUGUGACUGGGGGCUUCGGCUUCGUUCCAGAGGUGGAUGUGGGAGUCGAUGAUGGGGAUGGACAUUUUGGAUAGGGUUGAUAAGGGCUAAAAGGAGAUGGGUGUAGGUCGAUGAGAUGAUCUGUUUGUUCUUUACGAUGAUAGAUGUAUGUUGAUGUUGUUGAUCAACGUCGGGUCAACCCUCACCGACAUCUGGCUGGGCACACGCAAAGAGACCCCGCUUGCUGCAGUGGCAGCUGCUGGGUGGAUGGUGACUUCCCAUUGAGAACCACACAAUUUAAUGUAUGGCAGGUGGGAUGAUAGUUGUGAAGUGGUAUCAUCCUAUUAAGAGACGGGAGUCAUAUCUGAUUAUUCGACGUGAUAUCUCCAUACUGUCACGUUGCUGCAGCUUGAUACCUUCAAAUCAGUACCUGAUGUCAAGAUAGGAGAAGCUUGCAGGACAGUGCAGCUAACUGGUGCCUAAAUAAACACUGUGCCAACGCCAACGCACGGCCCCACUGCCAGCAAACUUCAAGCAAUUAAACUCUUGCCCCUCGACGCGUUCUGCCUGGCAAGACGCGGUCACCCAACGCGACCCCUCCAGCAAUUAUUCCCAACUCCGCGACAUCAUCCCAGACUUGUUGUUUUCCAAACCGGCAGAUACCCCUUCCACGCCUAAUUUGACCGGGCCAAAACCACACGAUAACGAACAAGAGCAACACAAGAUGGCGGAGCAAGCGAUCACACAAGGUGCUAUAGAAGCCAUCUUUUCCGAUCCUGAGCGCGCCCGUGCCCAGUAUCCCGUUCCGGUUCUGCAGUGCCUCCAGAUCAAGACCCUCGACUCAAAAGGUGGCGGUGCGCCAGAACGAUACCGCAUCGUCCUCAGCGAUGUCCGCAACUAUGUGCAGUGCAUGCUGGCCACCCAGGCCAACCAUGUCGUUCACGAGGGGAAGCUCAAGCGAGGAGGAAUCGUUCGCAUGAAGUCAUACCAAGCCCAGGCCCUCAAGGGCAAGAACGUUCUUAUAGUAUUAGAGCUCGAGGCCAUCGAGUCCCUUGGUGCGCCGGAUAAGAUUGGAAACCCUGUUGGCUUGGAAGGAGGAGCGAAGCUGGAAGAAGCUCAACCUGCUGCUGCUGCUGCUGCACCCGCCUUUUAUGGUGCCCCCAAGGGCGAGCCGACCCAAGAGUCCAAGUCCCAGGUCCAGAGACAACUGGCGUCACGCCCCAACAACAACCACAACAACAACACUCGCACCAGCGGAGGUGUCAGCAGUACCAUCUAUCCCAUCGAGGCACUAUCCCCCUAUGCUCACAAGUGGACGAUCAAGGCGAGACUCACCCACAAGUCGGACAUCAAGACAUGGCACAAAAACAACGGCGAAGGAAAGCUUUUUAGCGUCAACUUGUUGGACGAGAGCAGCGAGAUCAAGGCCACCAUGUUCAACGAUCAGGUCGACCAAUUCUACGAUGUUCUUCAGGAGGGCCAGGUGUACUACAUCUCUGCACCCUGCAGAGUCCAGCUUGCGAAGAAACAGUUCAGCAACCUUCCCAACGACUACGAGCUCACGUUUGAGCGGGAUACAGUUGUCGAGAAGGCUGAAGAUCAGAGCUCAGUACCACAGGUUCGGUUCAACUUCUGCAACAUCCAAGAGCUCCAAAGCGUUGAGAAGGACGCCACGGUUGAUGUUCUCGGUGUGCUCAAGACGGUGCAUGAGGUCUCAUCGAUCACAUCCAAGAGCACCCAGAAACCAUACGACAAGCGUGAGUUGGAGCUGGUGGACCAAACUGGCUACUCGGUGCGUGUUACCGUUUGGGGCAAGACAGCUACCGAGUUCCAGGGCAAGCCGGAGGAAGUCAUUGCGUUCAAGGGCACCCGUGUCAGUGACUUCAACGGCAGGAGUUUGUCUCUUUUGUCAUCUGGCACCAUGGCCAUUGACCCUGAUAUUCCAGAGGCCCAUGCUCUCAAGGGCUGGUAUGACUCUACCGGCAGGCACAGCGACUUCGCGACACAUAGUAACAUGUCGUCAGUCGGUGCUGCCUCGGGUCGCACCAACGAGAUCCUGAUGAUCCAGCAGGUGAAGGAGAAGGAUGUUGGCUUUGACAAGCCCGAAUACUUUUCCGUUCAGGCCACCAUUGUUCACGUCAAGCAGGAUAACUUCUGCUACCCGGCGUGCCGCAGUGAGGGUUGCAACAAGAAGGUCACCGACAUGGGUGACGGCACCUGGCGCUGCGAGAAAUGCGAUGUUACGCACGACAGGCCGGAGUAUCGGUACAUCUUGAACUUCAACUGCAGCGACCACACUGGCCAGAUCUGGCUGAGCUGCUUCGAUGAGCAGGGCAGGAAGUUGCUGGGCGCGUCGGCGGAUGAGCUCAUGGAGUGGAAGCAGAUCAAGGAGUCUGGUGAUGCUUCAGAUGAGGCCAGGAAGGAGGCGGAGGUUCGAUUUACCACUGCGUUUGAUAGUGCAAACUGCAGGAAGAUGACGUUCCGGGCUCGGGCCAAGAUGGAUACGUAUGGUGAACAGCAACGGGUGCGCUAUCAGCUUAUGGAGGCGACGCCAUUGGAUUACAAGAUGGAAGGCAACCGGUUGGCAGAGAUGAUCAGGCAGCUGGGUGUGUAGUGUUGUUCAGUGGACGUUGAAGCGAGGCGACGGGGAGGUUAAUAUGUAUUAGAGAGGGAUUUGUCUGUUGUUCAUGUUGGCCUAUUCUGUAGAGUGACCAUGUAUUGGUGCAAUUACAAAUACCAUCCCGAUUUCACAGCUCCA